UGACAAAAACAAAUUGACAACGGCGGCUGCAAAUUAUUGAAAACACUAUUAAAAAAUAGAAUAAUAUAUUUUGAUUUACUGUAAUAAUGUCGAGUAACACCAAAGAGUGUAAGCAACUGCAGCCGCGCGCCAUUUUCGGCAUUAAUGGCAAAGUGGAAAAUGGCGUUCGCCAGCAUCCGGUUACACAGGCCGCCAUCUUUCCGCUGGGCAACAAGAUCGCCAUUGCCGACUUCAAGAACAACACACAAGAAUUUGUGGCCGGCCAUACCAACAGCAUCUCAUGCUUGGAUCUCAGCAAGAGCGGCAAGUAUAUUGCAUCUGGACAGAUUAAUCAUAUGGGCUUUCGUGGCUAUGUGAUCGUUUGGGACUACGAGACACGCAAGGAAAUCGGACGCCAUGAUCUGCACAAGGUUAAAGUGCAAGCCAUUUGCUUCACGGCCGAAGAUCGCUUUGUGAUUUCGAUUGGCGGCAAGGAUGACGGCUCCGUCAUUGUCUUUGAUAUGCAGACAUUUUCCCCUAUUUGCCGUCAGCCUGCUUCGCGGGCCAUAUCGGGCAAUGCUUUGACUGUGCGUCCGCUGCACAGAAAUCCGUUCUUCUUUCUCACUGCCGGCGAUCGUCAUUUGCGUCUUUGGAGCAUUCUGCGCGAGCAGAAAAAGCUCUAUGCCCAGGAUGUGCAGCUUGCCAGCAAGUCCCGUCAAUUCUAUUGCGUUCGCAUCGAUAAGAACGAUGAGUUUGCUUACCUUGGUUCUGGCACUGGGGACAUCAUCAAGAUCGUGUUGAACUGCUGCGACAAAGACAAUGUGACACGUCCUGGUUCAUCUAGCGGCAUCUUGGGCGCCUUUGGCACACACAACCCACGCAAACCAUCCGGUCGCGACUGCAAUCGCUAUGUGAAUGGAGUGCGUGCUCUCUACGUGCUCGAGGGCGGACGUUUGCUGAUUGGCGCCGGCGAUGGCGAAGUGCAGCUGGUGGAGGAACGCACCGAUGUGCCGCUAAUCAAUUUCCGCGAGUAUCCCGGUCCCACUUGGCCCUAUUUACGCACUAUCAAGAGCACUCGCGUCUCUGGACGCAUUUCGUCGUUUGUGCGCUCCACGCCUGAGAAAUUUUACAUCUGUACGGACACCAAUGAAAUCUAUAUGCUGAACAUACAAUCGUGGGUGCUGAAACUAUUGCGUACCUGCCACGCUAAGGCUGUUUACUUCAUCACAUUUCCCAAAAAUUAUGCUGCUGUCUUUGCUACUGCUGGGCAUGAGAGCAUACGCAUUUGGUCCUCUUCUCGCAAGCAGGAGCUGCUUCGCAUCAUGGUCUAUAACUUCAACUGUGCUGCUGUGCGCUUCUCUCAGGACGGCACCAGUAUUGUCUCGGUGUGGAACGAUGGCAUCAUACGCGCCUUUACGCCCAUGACAGGACGCCUCAUCUACGCCAUACCCAAUGCUCACAAUAAGGGCUGCAGCGCCUUGGCUGUGGCAUCCACGGGUCGAUUCAUUGUCACCGGCGGCAUUGAGGGACAGGUGCGCGUCUGGAAAAUAGAGCCAUAUCGCCAGGAUCUGGUGGGCGUGCUCAAGGAUCAUUCGGGUCCCAUUACCUCGCUCGAUAUCAACUAUCUGGACACGGAGGUCAUCUCUGCCUGCACCGAUGGUUCCUGUGUUAUUUGGGAUAUUAAUCGCAUGACCCGCAAACAGGUUGUGACAGCCAAUACACAGUUCAUGUCGGUGCUCUAUUUUCCCACUGGCGUGCAGAUUCUUACUUGCGGCUCUGAUGGCCGUAUCAUCUACUGGAUGGUCUACAAUGGGGCGCUCAUACGUGAGCUGACUGCUUCCAAGAAGUCCUCGGUCAAUUGCCUGUCCAUGAAUGCCACCGGAGACUACUUUGUGAGCGUCGGCAGCGAUCUGCAGGUCAAGUUGUGGGACUACAAUAGUGGCGAUGUCGUUGGCGUCGGGUCAGAGCACGCUUCAUCGGUAAUCAGCGCCGCCUACAGUCCUUGUGGCAAGACCUUUGUCACUGGCAGCACGGAUGGCUCGCUGAUUAUUUGGGAUGUCCCUGAGGAGUACUGGGGAAAACCCAAUCCUCCAGAGGGUCCUUCGUACUCGUUGCCUAAAGCAGCGUCCAAGGGCAAAACGGUCGCAGCUCGUGUGGACUCUGGCACUCGCUUGAAGCCACUGGCCGGCGAGAACAUCAAUGGUCUGCUUAAGGCAACGCCUAAGGAUGACAUCUGCUGUGUCGAGUGUCCACCUUGUGCCAAGAAGGAAGGCAAGGCUGCAGAUCCUUUUACCGAGUGCAAAAUUGUGCCCGAUGUACGAAAAUGUUAAACUUUUAAAUUUGUCUUUAGUUUUCUCAACUGUUCCAAGCAUUUGACUGAUACAAUUAUAAAAAAAAACUUGGAAUGGAAACUAUUACCGGCUGAUUUUCUUCAGUCUUAACGAACUUCAAUUCCUCAAUCUACCCUACCAAUUAGAUUAGAUAUUAAGUAUGCAUUUUAUAAGUCCUGAAAUUUUGUAGUUUUCCUACCAAUCAAGAAUUUAAUAAUAAUCAAAUAAUUUUAUGUAAUUUAAUUAUACAAAAAUUUAAAAUUUAGUCAACUGGUACAUCGGGUUCAGCAUCGAGCGGAAAGUCGUAGUCGACUUUCUUGGCUUUAGCUUCUUCUUGGACUCGCUUCUUCUCCUCCGCCUCCAAACGCUUGAUCUCCUUUUCUUCAGCGUCUUUUUGCUUCUUUUCUUCGGCCUCUUGGCGCUUGCGUUCCUUUUCCUCCUCCGCGCGUUGCUUCUUCUCCUCCUUAUCGGCUUCAGCUUGUAGUCUCUUUGCCUCCUUUUCUGCCGCUGCUUCGGCUUUUUUGCGUUCCGCCUCUCGCUUGCCAUCAUGCUUUUUCCAAUCCUUAUUCAGAGUGGCAAAUUCCUUCAGUCGCUGUUCCCGCUCUUGGUCUGUUUCCGCUGGUUUGCCGUCGGCUUCCAAAUCGAUCUCAUCCUCAUAACCAUCGGGCGGCAGAGCAUUCCAAUGUGGAUUGUGGUACAUUGAACGAUUGCCGCCGCCCUUGAAGAAGAACGGCUUGGAGCGUUUGUACAUGUGUGGCCAGAACUUGAACUCAGGUCGCUCUUCUUCAUGACGCGUGGUGAAUACAAGCAAUGUCAGAAUGGCAACCAGCGGUAGAGCGCAAAA